AUGGCUAGUGUACCAGGUGUAGCUGGUGACCAGGUGGUGGUGUGGAUCGGCGUGUACAGGAAGCCCUGGACAUCGUCAGACCAGAGGAAGACGCAGAUCAUGAGAGUGGAGCUGAUCCUGGACACUGAUCUGGACCUGAAUGAUCCUGCUGUGAUAGAGGCCAUCUUACAGCAGAGCCCCAGUGUCAGUGUGUCGUCCAGCCCCAGUGUCAGUGUGUCGUCCAGCCCCAGUGUCAGUGUGUCGUCCAGCCCCAGCGUCAGUGUCGUCCAGCCCCAGCGUCAGUGUGUGUCGUCCAGCCCCAGCGUCAGUGUGUGUCAUUCAGCCCCAGUGUCAUGUGUGUCGUCCAGCCCCAGUGUGUCGUCCAGUCCCAGUGUCAGUGUGUCGUCCAGCCCCAGUGUGUCGUCCAGUCCCAGUGUCAGUGUGUCGUCCAGUCCCAGUUGUGUGUCGUCCAGCCCCAGUGUCAGUGUGUCGUCCAGCCCCAGUUGUGUCUCGUCCAGCCCCAGUGUCAGUGUGUCGUCCAGCCCCAGUGUCAGUGUCGUCCAGCCCCAGUGUCAGUGUCGUCCAGCCCCAGUGUCAGUGUCGUCCAGCCCCAGUGUCAGUGUGUCGUCCAGCCCCGGCGUCAGUGUGUCGUCCAGCCCCGGCGUCAGUGUGACGUCCAGCCCCGGCGUCAGUGUGUCGUCCAGCCCCAGUGUCAGUGUGUCGUCCAGCCCCAGUUGUGUGUCGUCCAGCCCCGUGUCGUCCAGCCCCAGUGUCAGUGUGUCGUCCAGCCCCAGUGUCAGUGUGUCGUCCAGCCCCAGUGUCAGUGUGUCGUCCAGCCCCAGCUGUGUGUCGUCCAGUCCCGGCGUCAGUGUGUCGUCCAGCCCCGGCGUCAGUGUGUCGUCCAGCCCCGGCGUCAGUGUGUCGUCCAGCCCGGGCGUCAGUGUGUCGUUCAGCCCCGGCGUCAGUGUGUCGUCCAGCCCCAGCAUCAGUGUGUCGUCCAGCCCCAGUGUCAGUGUCGUCCAGCCCCAGUGUCAGUGUGUGUCGUCCAGCCCCAGUGUCAGUGUGUGUCGUCCAGCCCGAGUGUCAGUGUGUGUCGUCCAGCCCCAUGUGUCGUCCAGCCCCAGUGUCAGUGUGUCGUCCAGCCCCAGUGUCAGUGUGUCGUCCAGCCCCAGUGUCAGUGUGUCGUCCAGCCCCAGUGUCAAUGUGUCGUCCAGCCCCAGCGUCAGUGUGUCGUCCAGCCCCAGUUGUGUGUCGUCCAGCCCCAGUGUCAGUGUGUCGUCCAGCCCCAGUGUGUCGUCCAGUCCCAGUGUCAGUGUGUCGUCCAGCAGCCCCAGUGUCAGUGUGUCGUCCAGCCCCAGUGUCAGUGUGUCGUCCAGCCCCAGCCCCCAUGUGUCGUCCAGCCCCAGUGUCAGUGUGUCGUCCAGCCCCAGUGUCAGUGUGUCGUCCAGCCCCAGUGUCAGUGUGUCGUCCAGCCCCAGUGUCAGUGUGUCGUCCAGCCCCAGCUGUGUGUCGUCCAGCCCCAGUGUCAGUGUGUCGUCCAGCCCCAGUGUGUCGUCCAGUCCCAGUGUCAGUGUGUCGUCCAGCCCCAGUUGUGUGUCGUCCAGCCCCAGUGUCAGUGUGUCGUCCAGCCCCAGUGUCAGUGUGUCGUCCAGCCCCAGUGUGUCGUCCAGUCCCAGUGUCAGUUGUGUGUCGUCCAGCCCCUGUGUCAGUGUGUCAUACAGUCCCAGUGUCAGUGUGUCGUCCAGCCCCAGUGUCAGUGUGUCAUCCAGCCCCAGUGUCAGUGUGUCGUCCAGCCCCAGUGUCAGUGUGUCAUCCAGCCCCAGUGUCAGUGUGUCGUCCAGCACCAGUGUCAGUGUGUCGUCCAGCACCAGUGUCAGUGUGUCGAGCCCCAGUGUCAGUGUGUCGUCCAGCCCCAGUGUCAGUGUGUCGUCCAGCCCCAGUGUCAGUGUGUCGUCCAGCCCCAGUGUCAGUGUGUGUCGUGCAGCCCCAGUGUCAGUGUGUCGUCCAGCCCCAGUGUCAGUGUUGUCCAGCCCCAGUGUCAGUGUGUCGUCCAGCCCCAUUUGUGUGUCGUCCAGCCCCAGCGUCAGUGUGUCGUCCAGCCCCAGCACCAGUCCCCAUGUGUCGUCCAGCCCCAGUGUCAGUGUGUCGUCCAGCCCCAGUGUCAGUGUGUCGUCCAGCCCCAGUGUCAGUGUGUCGUCCAGCCCCAGCUGUGUGUCGUCCAGCCCCAGUGUCAGUGUGUCGUCCAGCCCCAGUGUGUCGUCCAGUCCCAGUGUCAGUGUGUCGUCCAGCCCCAGUGUCAGUGUGUCGUCCAGCCCCAGUGUCAGUGUGUCGUCCAGCCCCAGUGUCAGUGUGUCGUCCAGCCCCAGUGUCAGUGUGUCGUCCAGCCCCAGCUGUGUGUCGUCCAGCCCCAGUGUCAGUGUGUCGUCCAGCCCCAGUGUGUCGUCCAGUCCCAGUGUCAGUGUGUCGUCCAGCCCCAGUUGUGUGUCGUCCAGCCCCAGUGUCAGUGUGUCGUCCAGCCCCAGUUUUGUGUCGUCCAGCCCCAGUGUCAGUGUGUCGUCCAGCCCCAGUGUGUCGUCCAGUCCCAGUGUCAGUGUGUCGUCCAGCCCCAGUGUCAGUGUGUGUCGUCCAGCCCCAGUGUCAGUGUGUGUCGUCCAGCCCCAGUGUCAGUGUGUGUUGUCCAGCCCCUGUGUCAGUGUGUCAUCCAGUCCCAGUGUCAGUGUGUCAUCCAGCCCCAGUGUCAGUGUGUCGUCCAGCAGCCCCAGUGUCAGUGUGUCAUCCAGCCCCACGUCAGUGUCGUCCAGCCCCAGCGUCAGUGUGUCGUCCAGCCCCAGUGUCAGUGUGUGUCGUUCAGCCCCACCCCAUGUGUCGUCCAGCCCCAGUGUCAGUGUGUCGUCCAGCCCCAGUGUCAGUGUGUCGUCCAGCCCCAGUGUCAGUGUGUCGUCCAGCCCCAGUGUCAGUGUGUCGCCAGCCCCAGCGUCAGUGUCGUCCAGCCCCAGCGUCAGUGUGUCGUCCAGCCCCAGUGUCAUGUCAGUGUGUCGUCCAGCACCAGUGUCAGUGUGUCGUCCAGCCCCAGCGUCAGUGUCGUCCAACCCCAGCGUCAGUGUGUCGUCCAGCCCCAGUGUCAGUGUGUCGUUCAGCCCCAGUUGUGUGUCGUCAAGCCCCAGUGUCAGUGUGUUGUCCAGCCCCAGUGUCAGUGUGUCGUCCAGCCCCAGUGUGUCGUCCAGUCCCAGUGUCAGUGUGUCGUCAAGCCCCAGUUGUGUGUCGUCCAGCCCCGGUGUCAGUGUGUCGUCCAGCCCCAGUGUCAGUGUGUCGUCCAGCCCCAGUGUCAGUGUGUCGUCCAGCCCCAGCUGUGUGUCGUCCAGCCCCAGUGUCAGUGUGUCGUCCAGCACCAGUGUCAGUGUGUCGUCCAGCACCAGUGUCAGUGUGUCGUCCAGCCCCAGUAGCCCCGGCGUCAGUGUGUCGUCCAGCCCCGGCGUCAGUGUGUCGUCCAGCCCCGGCAUCAGUGUGUUGUCCAGCCCCAGCGUCAGUCCCCAUGUGUCGUCCAGCCCCAGUGUCAGUGUGUCGUCCAGCCCCAGUGUCAGUGUGUCGUCCGCCCCAGUGUCAUGUGUGUCGUCCAGCCCCAGUGUCAGUGUGUCGUCCAGCCCCAGUGUCAGUGUGUCGUCCAGCCCCAGUGUGUCGUCCAGUCCCAGUGUCAGUGUGUCGUCCAGCCCCAGUUGUGUGUCGUCCAGCCCCGGCGUCAGUGUGUCGUCCAGCCCCGGCGUCAGUGUGUCGUCCAGCCCCGUCGUCAAUGUGUCGUCCAGCCCCGGCGUCAGUGUUGUAGGGUGUCCUGCAGGGCAGGCAGUAGGCACCCAAAUGUUGCGCUCGGCUGAGCAUACCACCGGCUUGCGGUCAGCGGCGGUGGAGCUGCCGUACCAGGCUGUGAUGCAGCCUGACAGUAUGCUCUCAAAGGUGUUCCUGUAG